AUGCGGGGUGCUUCAAUCGUUCUACUCUAUGCCGCGACCUUGGCGUCCGGCAUGGUCGUUGCUCCCAGACAUGCUGGUGAGGCUCGCAUUGCUGUCCGCGGCGGUGGUGACGAUGACCACAACGGCGGUGUUGUGACGCCUACCUCGACUCCCUGUGAAACUGAGACUCCACCGCCUGUCGAGACUCCUCCACCGGUUGAGACCUCCACGCCGUGCGAGACUGAUACACCGACUGCUCCUCCAGUUGUGACACCUACCUCGACCCCAGUUGUGACGCCUACCUCGACCCCAUGUGAAACUGAGACUCCACCACCUGUCGAGACUCCCCCGCCCGUAGAGACCUCUACCCCGUGCGAAACCGACACGCCCACUGUUCCCCCAGUUGUAACUCCUACUACUCCCCCAGUUGUGACACCUACCUCCACUCCUUAUAUUUCCACUACCACUCCCACUGCUCCUCCUGCAAGCUCGACUCCCUGUGAGACUGAUACCCCCACUGCUCCUCCCGCGAGUUCGACUCCCUGUGAGACUGAUACUCCCACUGCUCCUCCCGCAAGCUCCACUCCUUGCGAGACUGAUACUCCCACUCCUCCUCCGGCGAGCUCGACUCCCUGUGAGACUGAUACCCCCACUGCUCCUCCCGCGAGCUCGACUCCUUGCGAGACCGAUACUCCUACCUCGCCUCCUAGUAGCACUACGCCUGGUGAGACCGAAACUCCCAUCACGCCUCCUCCCGCUUCUACCACUCCAUGCGAGACCGAGUCCCCAACUAGCACUCCUCCGGUUGUCGUGAUAACCACCACCUACACCACUACCACCUGCCCUGUGACCUGGAGCACCGUCACAAGCGGCACAUCAAUCUACACUCACCCCGUGACACAGACUAGCACAAUCACCGUGACGUCUGUUUCCACCUGCACUGAGGGCUGCGUUCAGCCCACAAUCCCUCCCACUGAGCCCACAAUCCCUCCCACUGAGCCCACAACUCCCCCUGUUGUUCCCACAACUUCCGUCGAGGUGCCUCCUCCGGCUACUGAGUCCACAACCCCUCCCACGGAGCCCACGACUCCCCCUGUUGUUCCCACAACUUCCGUCGAGGUGCCUCCUCCGGCUACUGAGUCCACAACCCCUCCCACCAAGCCCACGACUCCCCCUGUUGUUCCCACAACUUCUGUCGCGGUACCUCCAACCACUGAGCCCACUGUUUCAGCUCCUGAGCCAACCCUCCCGGCUACUGAGCCCACUAUUCCCACUACAGAGCCUACUGCUCCGGCACCCGUCUCUUCUUCCACCGAAGCUCCCCCUGCUUCCUCCUCGCCUGCUUUCAACAGUGCUCCGGCCCUCCAGAAGUCUGCUGCGGCCUUCAUUCCUGGCCUCGCCCUUCUGUUUGCUCUACUUUAA